ACAUAUUUUCAGAACUCUGUACUGGCUCAUAUAAUGUAACUGUGCCACUGACGUGCACUGUAUACUCAGAUGUACAUCUGUAUUUUUCGUGUAUCACGUCAGAUGGCAGCAUCUGCUUACGGCAGUUGAGUAAAAGUUUGCAGAACUGUUGGUAUGUCUAAAAGGCUGUGGGUCUCCGGGCGUGCGAUUGUUUGUAUUUAUUUAUUCAUGAGUGACGUGUCUUUUGAGCUUUUCUUUCGUCGUGUUUCUAUUGGAAGAAUCUACAAAAGCUAUAAACGUAUUGUUUCUUUCGAAAUAAUUGUUUCUUUGCUUUUUAUUCAAACUUUUGUGUGUGUGUAUCUGAAUGAACAGUGUGCAGUAAAGGUAAAAGUGGACAAUUCGUGAAGGAAACAUGGAUACCCGUUUAUUUUACCGAAAAAGACAAGGGAGAAGCUACAUUCCUCCAGAAAGCAGUGACGAGGACUGUUUGGACAGUGAUGACAGUGAUCUGGAUAAAACCUACGUUCCUGAACGACUUACAGGCUCACAAUCAGGUGACAGUAGCAGCAGCGAAGAAAACUGUGAUGAGCCAGAUGAAGUGGGAGUGCCUUGUGUUUCAAACACAGAGCAGAUAGUUGAACCUGAAGUUGGUGAUAAUCUUCCUCAGGCACAAUCUCCAUCUCGUUGUAAUGUGCCGAAAUUGAACCUUCUUUGGAAGAGGAACACGGUAAAAUCUGUAUUUCCUUCUCCUGUUUGGACUGGAGAAAUUCCACCAUCUACAGAAGUAUUUUCACCACUAACGUACUUCAAAAAGAUUUUUGACUCAAGUAUCAUUGACUACAUAUGUCAACAAACGAAUCUGUAUUCGAAGCAGUGUGAUGUGGCCAACACCUUCAGUGUUACCUCUACCGAAAUUGAACAAUUUAUUGGUAUUGCAUUCUACAUGUCACUGAUUGCUAUACCUGGGAACAGAAGAUACUGGAACAAGAAAUGUGGUGUGAAACAAGUGUCUGAUGUAAUGACACUACGCAGAUGGGAACAAAUAAAGAGAUAUUUACAUUUUGCUGACAAUACUCAGCAACAUUCUGCACCUGACAGACUGUUCAAGGUUAGAAUGGUAAGCGACAUGCUGCGAAAAAAUUUAUCAAAAAUACCAAUUGAAGAACACCUUGCAGUGGACGAACAAAUUGUGCCAUUCAAAGGUCACAGUAGCUUGAAACAGUAUAAUCCCAAGAAACCAAAAAAGUGGGGCUACAAAAUAUAUUGCAUAGCAGGUGCCAGUGGUAUUAUUUAUGAUUUCGAAGUCUAUUCUGGACCUGUCAAUCAACCCAGUCAUCUUCCUAAUGUAAACGCCAGUGGAAAUGUAGUGCUCAGAUUGGCUGAAAGAAUACCAAAGUACAAAAAUCAUAAACUGUUCUAUGAUAACUGGUUCUGCAGUCCAGAGCUUCAAGUUGAGCUGGUAAAAUGUGGUAUUCACAGUCUGGGAACAGUACAAUUGAAUAGAGUGAGAAACAAUAAGAUGCCUUCUGAUGCUGAAAUGAAAAAGCAGGGAAGAGGCACAUCUGUUGAAUCCACUGCAUCUGUUUCUGGAUAUGACCUGAUUCUUGUGAAAUGGCAAGACAACAGGUGUGUCAGCCUUCUGGGCACCUUUUCAGGUACUCACCCAGAAAGCCAGGUUGCAAGAUAUGACAAAAAAACAAAGCAACGUAUCCAAAUAAAAUGCCCAAAGAUUGUGAAGGAGUACAACAAGUUUAUGGGAGGUGUUGACACUAUUGACUCCUUAUUAGCUCUGUACAGAACGAAAAUCAGGUCAAAGAAAUAUUACAUGAGACUGUUCUUCCAUUUAUUGGACAUGAGUUGUGUUGUUGCUUGGCUACUUUAUAAGAGAGCCUGUCAUGAAGAUAGUAUUGAAGAGAAAACCCAGAUGGCUUUGUUUGAUUUCAAGCUUGAUAUUGCUGAAUCCUUAUGCUGGUCAGGAAAACCAUCCAAGAGACAGUCGCUGGAUAGCUCACCAGGCAGUGGCACCAAAAAGAGAAGGCAGCCAAAUACAGCAAAUGCUGACAUCAGGAAGGACAGAAUCGAUCACUGGCCUAACUACUGUGAAAAAUCUGCCAGAUGUAAAUAUAAUAAAUGUCAAAAAAUAACAAAAAUAAUGUGUACCAAAUGUAACACCUAUUUGUGUUUUGUACCAGAUAGAAAUUGUUUCUACAAUUUUCACAAUGUAUAAAUUCUGGAAAUAUGUAACUGCAUAGUAGUGACAUUUUGCUAACUGAUGUAUACCCAACUUUUAUAAUGUUUUUUAUUUUUGUUUUU